AUGAUCUCGCUCUGUCCCUCUCGCUCUGUCCUCUCGCUCUGUCCCUCUCGCUCUGUCCCUCUCGCUCUGUCCUCUUACUCUAUGAUCUCGCUCUGUCCCUCUCGCUCUGUCCCUCUCGCUCUGUCCUCUUACUCUAUGAUCUCGCUUUGUCCCUCUCGCUCUGUCCCUCUCGCUCUGCCUUCUCGCUCUGUCCCUCUCGCUCUGUCCCUCUCGCUCUGUCCUCUCACUCUGUCCCUCUCGCUCUGUCCCACUCGCUCUGUCCCACUCGCUCUGUCCUCUUACUCUAUGAUCUCGCUCUGUCCCUCUCGCUCUGUCCUCUCGCUCUGUCCCUCUCGCUCUGUCCUCUCGCUCUGUCCCUCUCGCUCUGUCCCUCUCGCUCUGUCCUCUCGCUCUGUCCCUCUCGCUCUGUCCUCUCGCUCUGUCCUCUCGCUCUGUCCCUCUCGCUCUGUCCUCUCGCUCUGUCCCUCUCGCUCUGUCCCUCUCGCUCUGUCCCUCUCGCUCUGUCCCUCUCGCUCUGUCCUCUCGCUCUGUCCUCUCGCUCUGUCCUCUCGCUCUGUCCCUCUCGCUCUGUCCUCUCGCUCUGUCCUCUCGCUCUGUCCUCUCGCUCUGUCCCUCUCGCUCUGUCCCUCUCGCUCUGUCCUCUCGCUCUGUCCCUCUCGCUCUGUCCUCUCGCUCUGUCCCUCUCGCUCUGUCCCUCUCGCUCUGUCCCUCUCGCUCUGUCCUCUCGCUCUGUCCUCUCGCUCUGUCCUCUCGCUCUGUCCUCUCGCUCUGUCCCUCUUGCUCUGUCCCUCUCGCUCUGUCCCUCUCGCUCUGUCCUCUCGCUCUGUCCUCUCGCUCUGUCCUCUCGCUCUGUCCUCUCGCUCUGUCCCUCUCGCUCUGUCCCUCUCACUCUGUCCUCUCGCUCUGUCCCUCUCGCUCUGUCCCUCUCGCUCUGUCCCUCUCGCUCUGUCCUCUCGCUCUGUCCCUCUCGCUCUGUCCUCUCGCUCUGUCCUCUCACUCUGUCCUCUCGCUCUGUCCCUCUCGCUCUGUCCUCUCGCUCUGUCCUCUCGCUCUGUCCCUCUCGCUCUGUCCUCUCGCUCUGUCCUCUCUCACUCUGUCCUCUCGCUCUGUCCCUCUCGCUCUGUCCUCUCGCUCUGUCCUCUCACUCUGUCCUCUCGCUCUGUCCCUCUCGCUCUGUCCUCUCGCUCUGUCCCUCUCGCUCUGUCCCUCUCGCUCUGUCCCUCUCACUCUGUCCUCUCACUCUGUCCUCUCGCUCUGUUUUCUCACUGUCCUCUCUCGCUGUCUUCUCUCUGUCCUCUCGCUCUGUCCUCUCGCUCUUGUCUCGCUCUGUUCCAGCACUGA